AAACUUUUCAGUGUGGUGGCAGAACAUGGGCAACUGUUAUCAGGAGUUGGAAACUGUGAAGAGCUUCCACUUAUCUUUCACUUACCUACAAGAUACAAGAUUCAUCGAAAUACAUGCAAAAGAUGAUAUUGAUAUUGAUGCCCUUGCUGCUGAGAUAGAAGGUGCGGGAGCUGCAAAGGAGCAAGAGCCUCAGAAAUCUAAAGGCAAAAAGAAAAAAGAUAAGAAGAAACAGGAUUUUGAUGAAGAUGACAUCCUGAAGGAGCUGGAAGAACUGUCUCUAGAGACUCAAGGAGGGAAAGCUGACAGGGAACCUUCUACAGGAAAGGCUGAAAAUGACAGUGAAGAAAUCAGCUUAUCAAAACAGGACAAAAAACGUAAAGGAAAGAAUAAAAAGAGUCUUGAAAAUGACUAUGACAGUGAGGAAGGGGAAGAUAAAGAUACAAAAUCUAAAAAAACUCGGAAAGCAAAACAAGAAAUGCUUUCUGGCAGUGAUGAUGAUGAUAGUGAAAUGCUGCUUAGGAAAAACAAAAGGAAAACUCAGAAGUCAAAUAAAAAGCAGGACCUCUCAGAAGAUGAUGAAGCUAAUAUUAAAAAAAGCAAAGAACGUGUGGGGGCAGUGUCUACAGGAGAGAGUGGUGAUGAAUCAGAUGAGGUCUCCCAACCUAGAAAAGGACAAAAGAAAACCCCCAAACCAAAGCCCACCCCUGCUGCUGCUGAAAGUGGAGAUGAAGAAGAGGAGCCUUCAUUCAAAGUAAAAACAAUGGCUCAGAAAAAGGCAGAAAAAAAGGAGCGUGAAAGGAAGAAACGUGAGGAGGAAAAAGCCAAACUAAGGAAGCAGAAAGAGAAAGAAGAACUAGAAGCUGGUAAAGAACCAGCAAAGCUGAAGGAAGCUCCAAAGAAAGCUGAAGAGAAGGCUUCAUCUGAAGCCCCUGCCCCUGUGGAAAAGGGAGAGGCUCUUGCAGCAACAGAAGCCGAUGACAAUGAGGGGGACAAAAAGAAAAAAGACAAGAAGAAAAAGAAAGGUGAGAAAGAAGAAAAAGAAAAAGAGAAGAAAAAAGGUCCUAGUAAAGCCACAGUUAAAGCUAUGCAAGAAGCCUUGGCUAAAAUGAAAGAGGAGGAAGAAAGGGCAAAAAGAGAGGAAGAAGAACGUAUAAGACGACUGGAGGAACUAGAAGCUAAGCGCAAGGAGGAGGAAAGACUAGAACAAGAGAGGAAAGAAAGGAAGAAACAGAAAGAAAAAGAGAGGAAAGAGCGUUUGAAGAAGGAGGGAAAGCUUUUAACAAAAGCCCAACGAGAAGCCAGAGCCAGGGCGGAGGCUACUCUUAAGCUCCUCCAAGCUCAGGGUGUUGAAGUGCCAUCCAAAGACUCUGUGCCAAAGAAAAGGCCAAUAUAUGAAGAUAAAAAGAAAAAGAAACAACAGCAGCAGGAAAAUAAAGAAGAAACUGUGGAGAUAAAUUCCCCAGCUGAAGAUGCUAUAGAACUAGAAACACCAGUAAAAGAAGAGACUCCUCUUCCAGUAGAACCAGUUUCAGAAGAAAAGGAGGAAGAAGAAGAAACAGAAGAUGCAGGUUUGGAUGACUGGGAAGCUAUGGUUAGUGAUGAAGAUGGAGAGAAAGAGAGCAAACCUGUCCACAUUGAAGUCAAAGAACAAAAUGAGGAGGAUGAGGAUGAGGAGGAUGAGGAAGAUGAGGAGGAAGAAGAGGAGGAGGAGAGCGAAGAAUCUGAAGAUGGAGAAAGUGAAGCGAGUGAUGAUGAAGAUGAAAAGACUUCAGAUGAGAGAGAGGCAGAUUCCCAACCUAUUGGAAAACAAUCUAUGGAGAAAAAGCCUAGCAAGGAGAUUAGCUCUGAUUCAGAGUAUGACUCUGAUGAUGACCGCACUAAAGAAGAGCGUGCCUAUGACAAAGCUAAACGGAGAAUUGAGAAGCGGCGAGCUGAAAACAGCAAGAAUGUGAACACUGAAAAGCUCAGAGCACCAGUUAUCUGUGUCCUGGGGCAUGUAGACACAGGGAAGACCAAGAUUUUAGAUAAGCUCCGCCAUACUCAUGUACAGGACAGUGAAGCUGGUGGUAUCACUCAGCAGAUUGGUGCAACUAAUGUUCCCCUUGAAGCUAUUAAUGAGCAAACUAAGAUGGUGAAAAAUUUUGACAGAGAGAACAUAAAAAUUCCAGGAAUGCUGAUAAUUGACACUCCAGGACAUGAGUCUUUCAGCAAUUUAAGAAAUAGAGGAAGCUCUCUUUGUGAUAUUGCUAUUCUUGUAGUUGACAUCAUGCAUGGUUUGGAGCCUCAGACAAUUGAAUCAAUAAAUCUGUUAAAAUCUAAGAAAUGCCCCUUUAUAGUAGCUCUCAACAAGAUUGAUAGGUUGUAUGAUUGGAAAAAAAGUCCAGAUACAGACGUAGCUGUCACUUUGAAGAAGCAGAAGAAGAAUACAAAAGACGAAUUUGAAGAACGUGCAAAAGCUAUCAUAGUGGAAUUUGCAAAACAGGGCUUGAAUGCUGCCUUGUUUUAUGAGAAUAAGGAUCCCCGCACUUUUGUUUCUCUUGUACCUACCUCUGCUCACACAGGGGAUGGCAUGGGAAGUCUGAUAGCUCUUCUUGUUGAACUAACGCAAACUAUGCUGACCAAGAGACUGGCUGAGUGUCAAGAGCUGAGAGCUCAAGUAAUGGAGGUUAAAGCACUGCCUGGUAUGGGCACAACCAUAGAUGUUAUUUUGAUUAAUGGGCGCUUGAAAGAAGGAGACACCAUCAUUGUUCCUGGAGUAGAAGGUCCUAUAGUAACUCAGAUCAGAGGUCUUCUGUUACCUCCUCCUAUGAAGGAGCUGCGAGUUAAGAACCAGUAUGAAAAGCACAAAGAAGUGGUGGCUGCUCAAGGUGUGAAGAUUCUUGGGAAAGAUUUGGAAAAAACAUUGGCUGGUUUGCCGUUACUUGUAGCUUAUAAAGAGGAUGAAGUCCCAGUCCUCAAGGAUGAACUAAUACACGAACUGAAGCAAACACUGAAUGCAAUCAAGUUGGAAGAGAAAGGUGUUUAUGUCCAGGCUUCUACUUUAGGCUCAUUAGAAGCUUUGCUUGAAUUUCUUAAAACAUCAGAAGUGCCAUAUGCAGGAAUUAACAUAGGUCCUGUCCAUAAAAAAGAUGUUAUGAAAGCAUCAGUUAUGCUGGAGCAUGACCCUCAAUAUGCAGUAAUUCUGGCAUUUGAUGUAAGGAUUGAGCGUGAUGCACAGGAAAUGGCUGAUAGCUUAGGAGUUCGGAUUUUUAGUGCUGAAAUAAUUUAUCAUUUAUUUGAUGCCUUCACAAAAUACAGACAAGACUAUAAAAAACAGAAACAAGAGGAGUUCAAGCAUAUAGCAGUAUUUCCUUGCAAGAUGAAAAUACUCCCUCAGUUUAUUUUCAACUCCCGUGACCCAAUAGUGAUGGGCGUAGUUGUGGAAGCAGGUCAGGUGAAGCAGGGGACUCCCAUGUGCGUACCUAGCAAAAAUUUUGUUGAAAUUGGAAUAGUCACAAGUAUUGAAAUAAACCAUAAGCCAGUGGAUGUUGCAAAAAAAGGCCAAGAAGUAUGUGUAAAAAUAGAACCUAUUCCUGGUGAAUCACCUAAAAUGUAUGGACGACACUUUGAAGCAACCGAUAUCCUCGUCAGCAAGAUCAGUCGUCAGUCCAUUGAUGCUCUGAAGGACUGGUUCAGAGAUGAAAUGCAGAAGUCUGACUGGCAGCUUAUUGUAGAGCUGAAGAAAGUGUUUGAAAUCAUCUAGGUAACUCUUUACAGCAACAGGAAGGCAGGAAUAAACUCCCUAUUCCUGUUCUAAAAGUCACCAACAAAGUCAUAUAUUGAAGACAGUGUUGGAUUUAUGUUUAAGAGGAAAAUAUGUGGAUAAAAUGUUUUCCAUGAGAAACCAAGAAAUUUACACUGGUUUGACAGUGGUCAAUUUACAUGUUCCCAUGGUUCUAAUGUGCCUGUUCACCUCUCCCACUGCCCUUCCUAAUACUGGCUGCUGUUUUAAAGUUUGCCCUUCCUUCUCUUAAACCUUCCUUCCACCUUUCCCUCCCUCCAAAAUAAAAUAAAUUGAAUUUUUAUUACAGAACUAAAGCUCUUUCACUUUUAUACUGAUGAAAUCAGUACUGCAGUAUUUGAUUAACCAAGCUUCUGCAGACUUUGUGAUUCUUGGGACAUUUUUGAUGUAAGAAGUACUUCUUUAUUUAUGCAUACCUCUCCCCUUGACUCUCUUUUCCAACAUUCUUCUGCUUUGUGCCUAUAGAAAUUUUUUUAAAUAGAAAAUUAGGCAAUUGGAUAUUUCUGUAUUUGCUUUGUGUGAAACAAUGAUGUAAAGCAUAGUUGGCCGCCUUUUAUUGCUUGUACAGUUCAUGAAAGUCGACCUGUAAUCAUUAUAAUGCAGAGCCACAAAUAAAGGAGAUGGACAUAGUAGCCCAUUUGUUUUAUAGUUUGCUUCAGUAAACAGUGUCACUUUAUGGGCAGUUACAGAACAUGAAGUGCCAGACUGCAGCUUGCCUCUCUGGGCUUGAUGAAGUAAUGGAAUAUGCAUUCCAGCAACAGCAUUUUUUCCUCUUGCUUCACUUCCCUUGGAGCAUGCACUGCUGUCGAGGCAACUUUGGUGGCUCACAUCUUGUUUGACAUGUUCUAGAUGUACCAGAGUUGCAGGCUGGGUUUUUAACAAGUUUGAAUUACCAGAGGGUUGUUGCUAGGAGGAGUUCAGAUGUGGUGUCCCUUUUCUUUUUAGAGUUGUGGGUAAGCAUGUGCAAAUGUGACCGACUGUCAUAUGUGACAGCUGUGACUUUUAAUGCUGCAUCAAAGCUGUUGAGCCACCUAACAUCAUGGGACUGAACCAGUGCAGAAGGCAUUUGGUUAAUGUUGUCAGUGAUAACCAAAAGUCAGUCUAAUUCCAGUAUCUUCAUACCCUUCCUUCCCUCUUGGGAUUCUGCUUGGGCUGACAGCUUGAUGCACCUUGAAUCAGAUGGUCUCCUGGUAAUUUGAAACUUGUGUCUUGAGGAGCCAAAUACUUUUGAAAAGCACAAACUGAAAUAAAACUGAUAAUGUUUCAUGUAGCUGAAGCUUCUAGCAUUUAAAAUACUUAAAUUAACUUGUAAUAAGCAGUUGGAGCUGAUCAGAUUCUUUGUCACUCAGAUCUUUGUUUUCAAACCUUCUCCCCCACUUUUUCUUUCUUUUUUUUUUUUUUUUUAAUCUAGGUUCUAUGGACUCUAUCAAUCACAAAUGCUUAAUAACUGUGGCUUCCUUUGGCAAUGGAGUUUAAAUUUACCAGACCCUUUUGUUAGACUUCAAACAUACCAUUGAAAAGGACCUUGUCAGUAUGGUUUGAGUGUGGUUCAUAUUCACAUCACUGGGCAUAUCAGUGAUUUAGAAUAGAAUGAUGAGUGUCAAAGUGAGGAGACUGCAUUUAAUUGUUAUAAUUUUCUUUUGCAAACUAUGCAAUCAUGAAAGCUACACUAAUAAAAGGAGUUCUUAAGUUAAGAACAGAUGUCAAAUAA